AUGGAAUUGCAUACACCACGCCAACAACACACUUCACAAAAACCUUCCCAUGCUUCGCCUCACACUGAAACUUCUUCUUUUUCCCGAUGCGGGAAAAACUUGCGGGGGCUCGAGUUGCGGGACCCAUUCUUAACAAAGAAUUCGACAGAUGUCAUUGCUUUUCUAAAAAAGAAGCAGAAGGAAAUAGGUUUUUUAUUUUCUAUUGAUGUCGAGGAUUUGUUCUACUCUGUACCGCAUACAGAGCUGUUUAAGUCUGUCCGAGAGUGCAUUGAGUGUAAUGGAACUGUUGCAUUUCAAAAUUCUGUGGGCAUUAGUGUGGACAAGUUUAUGUCGCUCCUCGAGUUUUACCUUCAGGCGACGGUUGUUUCCUUUGACUCAGGCUUGUUUGUUCAAAAGAAAGGGAUAUGCAUUGGAUCUUGCGUUGCCCCUGUGCUGUGUAAUAUUUUUUUAUCUUCCAUUGACCGGGAUUUAGAAUCCACGUUUGACAAAGGCACUGUCCUGCAAAUAUUUAGAUACGUGGAUGACUUUUUGGUAGUUUUAGCAGCUGAUUUUAAUCUGACUUAUGACAACACCGUACAAAGCGUAUUAUGCUACUUUAAAAACCUAGGGAAAGGCCUGAGUUUUACGCAUGAGGUGCCGCUGAACAAUAGCCUCCAAUUUUUAGACAUAAACAUUAGAUGUUGUGAUGGAAACGUGUGUUGGAUGUAUUCGCCAAGAGCAAAGAAAGAGCUGUUACCGUAUAACUCUUCACACUCUAAAACGGUAAAGAGGGCCAUCGGUUCUCUUUGCCUUGAAUCUGCCCUGACAAAGUCAUGUGAGCACAUGCUUGAGACGAGCUUCACCGCCCAGAUAGAGAGACUAAAAAACGCUGGCUUUCCCAGUUCUGUUUUGACAGCUGUUGCUGAAACGUUACUACAAAAAAUGAAAGGAAAAAAGAAAACCAAACAGACAGGUCCAGAGCAGAGGAUACCACAGGUGUUGCCCUAUACGCACCGUGUAGCGCAUGGCUUGAAAAAAGUGGCGUUCAGGUUUGGAGUGUCCGUGGUAUUUUCCGCACCAAGGAAAUUGGGUGGUUUGUGUGCACGCAUCGGGAAAAAGAAGAAGUUUCAGUGUGAGGCGAAGCAUGGGAAGGUUUUUGUGAAGUGUGUUGUUGGCGUGGUGUAUGCAAUUCCAUUGACGUGCGGGAUGUUAUACAUAGGCCAAACAGGGCGUUGUGUGAAUUUUAGGGCCUGGGAACAUUUCAAAUCACUUGAGAAAGGCACAGGCUCCAAUCUAGCCCUUCAUUGUAAACAGUGCAAUUGUAAGCCACUGCUGAACGAAAUCAAGAUUUUAGGCAAAAGCCAUGAAAAAUUGGCACGGGAAAUUUUGGAAGCUUUUCAUAUUGCAAAGAGUGGUGAAGCAUGCUGCAGCGAUAGCUCCGUGACACUGCGCAGGAAGGAAAACACGUUCCUAGAAUCUUGUUUGUAAUCUGUAGCGAUUAGUAGAGCG